CCAAGCACGAGCACUGAGACCACGAUGCUUCUUCGGCUGCUGACACUCCUGCAAGGCCCCCUGUUCACCCGGGCCUUCAACAUGGACACCAAGACCCCAGCCAUCUACCCUGGGGACCCCAAGGAGGAAUUUGGCUACCAAGUGGUGAUUGGCCGAUCCCAAGAGCAGCCUUGGUUGAUGGUGAGUGCCCCCCAUGCUACGGAUCGUGACGGGAACAGAAAUGGAGCCCUGUACCUUUGUAAACAUCCUGGAAGUUACUGUCAACCUGUGCCCAUGCCCAACACAGAGAACAUCUCUCUGGGCCUCUCUCUCCGAUCCGAGGGGACUGCGGGGAGCAAGAUCAUUGCUUGUGGUCCUACCCUAAUGCGCUGGUGUGAGAGAAACCCCUUCCUCAGCGGGAUCUGCUAUGUCUUCCAGAGCCCCACCAAGGCCCCCAAGGAGCUUCGCCCCCCACAGCUAGAGUGCGUGUCAGGGGUAGAUGCUGUGAUCCUGUGUGAUGACUCCAGCAGUAUCAAUGAAGAGGACUUCCGGCGUGCCAAGGAUUUCAUCAGCAGCCUCAUUAAGGCUGUCCAAGGUGCCAACAUCCAGUUCUCUGUGGUCCAAUUCGCCACUACCAACUAUGUGGUAUUUGACUUCAAAAGAUACCAGCAGACAAAGGGCAACAUUGACAGUGAUCUCUACAACUUCCCCCAUAUUGGGGGCCAAACCCACACCCCUUCGGCUGUUCUCUUUGCCACCCAGGACAUAUUCACCCCUAAGCGGGGGGCCCGGCCCCACACCAAGAAGUUGCUCAUCAUUCUGACAGACGGGCAGUCCAAUGACCACAAAGUCACCUUUGAGGAUGCCAACAAGGCUGCUGAUGAGGCUGGACUGCUCCGGUUGGCCAUUGGAGUGGGCCGAGCCUUCGAUAACUCCAUUGCCCAGGAGGAGCUGAAGAUCAUUGCCUCGCCAGGGGAGGGCAAGGUUUUCCAGGUGGGGGACUUUGGUGCUCUGGUCUCCAUCCAGAAACAGCUGCAGGAGAGAAUCUUCAGCAUUGAAGGGAGCGAGCAGACGACCAAUGCAAGCAGCCUGCAGAAGGAGCUGUCUCAGGCCGGAAUCAGCAGCCUCCUCACUGCCGAUUCCGUGGUACUGGGGGCUCCUGGGGCCUAUGACUGGGCUGGAGGCCUGGAGCUCCUUGAGACCAACGCAUCUUGGACCUUCUACAACAUUUCUGUGGCCCACAAUGGAACCCGUGAUGCCUAUCUGGGUUAUGCCCUGGCCGAGGCACGGCGUGGGGGGGCCGUGUUCCUGGUGGGGGGAGCACCACGUCACGACUAUGUAGGAAGAGUCAGCGUCUUCCUGCACAGAGGGGCGUCUGGGGAACUGCGACAUCUUGAAGAUGGGGAACAGGUGGGCUCAUAUUUUGGGGCCGAGCUCUGCUCUGUGGACCUGGACAGAGACGGAGACACAGAUCUGCUGCUCAUCGCGGCCCCACUCUAUCAUGGACCCCGGAUCGGGGGUCUAGUCAGCAUCUGCAGCCUCAGUGACCAGGGACACCUUUCUUGUGGGACCCGGCUCCGUGGGGUCACAGGGAAUGUCUUGGGUCACUUUGGAGCAGCACUGGCAUCUCUGGGAGAUGUGGACGGGGAUGGCGUGGGGGAUGUGGCAGUGGGAGCCCCCAUGGAGGACGAAGGCCAAGGGUCCGUUUACCUGUUCCUUGGAGAGGGCCGGGGACUGCAGGCCCAACCCAGCCAGCGCAUCACUGCUGCAGCCUUGUCUCCAGGGCUUCGGGCCUUUGGGCAGACACUUCACGGAGGAGUGGACGUGAGCGGGGAUGGCCUCCCUGACCUAGGCGUGGGGGCCCGGGGCCAUGCCGUCCUGCUCAGGUCCCGCCCUGUAUUUGUUGUUGGUGUGUCCCUCUCCGUGCAGCCCACUCGCCUGCCCCCCGAUGGGCCCAACUGCCACAUCAGCAGUCCCCGUGCCAACCUCACCAUCUGCUUCAUGACCAACCGCACCACCCCCUCUGGGUCCCUCGGGGGGGAAGGUGCCCUCAUGCUGCCCAUCUCCUACUCUCUGUACCUGGAUGUGGGGAAGGACCAGAGCCGCCUGCUGGUGCCCUCCAGGGAACGGGGCCUGGUUUCUUCGCUGGCACUGAGUCCCGGUACUCAAUGUGUCGUGCAUGUGCUGCUCACGCCGCAUUGUCUGGCAGACACCUUAUCCCCCGUGCUAUUAAGAGUCAACUUCUCCAUGGUAAGGGAUCCGGGGACCAGAGCCCAAGGGUUAGCGCCUGUCCUGCAUCCUAGGAGCAACACCACCACCCUGGAACAGGUCCUCAUUGAUCAUGCCUGUGGGGAGGAUGAGAUCUGCACAGCUGACCUGACCGUCAGAUUCAAUUUUUCAGGGGCCUCAUCCUUGCAGCUGGCCUCUGAAGCUGAGCUGUCCCUCACUGUGCAGCUCACCAACAUCAGGGAGACGGCUCUGAGGCCCAGCCUGCACAUUGCUUACCCAUCCAUCCUCACCUUCUCCCGGGUGACCGUCCUGCAGGCCAGCCAGCCGCUCUCCUUGAGUUGUGAGGGUCCAGGAGAGUGGACAAACUGCACCUUGACACCCCCCGCCCUCUGGGGGGGAACAAAGGCCCUGCUCCUCUUUAGCUUCCGGGUGAUACCUGACUUGUCCUGGCUAGGUGGAGCCGCCCAGAUCAUCGUCACUGCCCACAGUGACAACGAGGAGCCCCAGACCCUGGAAGACAAUCGUGCCUUAAGGGCAAUUCCGGUGUUGAGACCUGUGGGCAUAAUCAUCAUGGGUGGGGACUCUACUCCUUACCUCAACUUCACAGCAGAGGCCCCCGAACACCGGCUGCUCACCCAUUCCUAUCAGGUUCAGAGUCUGGGCCCCUCUGUUGUUCAGGUCAAUGUGACCCUAAAAUUCCCCUUGGUCUUGGAGUCUGGUUUCCAGUGGAAAGGAGUCCUUGGUCCUGUGGACCCUACCGUGACCUGCCAGACCUUUAAUAGGUCGAAGCAGCAUGGGAGAGACGAAUCUUCCGAGAAACAACCCAUGGACAAGCUUGGCUGUAGAGGGGCUUCAAUCUGCAGUUGGAUCCAAUGUAAAAUCCCCUCUAUGGCAGCCAAUGACAGAGUCACCUUCAGCUUCUCUGGAGAUUUGCUUCCUCAAGAGCCAGGACUUAUGCUGAAGGCCGGCAUCCUGACACUCCAGAGUGAGGCUGCUGUACAGAUAGAUGAAACCAAAUAUUUCCAGACCCAAGCAGAACUGUUUUCGCACAGCCAGGUCAAAACAGACCUGGAGCUGCUCGCCUCUCCCAGGAUGGGCCAUGUUAUCGCUGCAAGCACCAUUGGAGGCCUCCUCGUCCUGGGAAUCAUUGCUGGGGUCCUCUACAAGUUUGGAUUCUUCCAGCGGUCCAAGCACCAGGUGGAAGACACCACAAGGCCACAUCCGUCUACGCAGCCUGAGUGACACCCUCCCCUGGCCUGCUCUGCUCAAC